AUCAAGUCCCUCUAAUCCCUCUCAGCCACUGCACCAUAACACACUCCCUGAUUGCAAUUUUCACCAUACUCUAGAGCAACAGUCUUUUUUUGUUUUUGCUUGUUUCUUUUCUUUGGUUACACUAACGUAAGACUGACAUUAAUUUUCCAAAAUCGAAAAAGCUAUGGCAUUGCCUUAUCUUCUUUCACUGUUCCUCGUUUCAUCUUUAACAUUGUUCAAUUUAGCAGAUUGCCAGCUUACAGAGGAUUAUUACAGCAAAACAUGCCCUGAUUUCCAAAAAAUCAUUCAGGAAAUAAUCACAGUGAAACAGAUGUCGAAUCCGACCACGGCCGCCGGAACUCUUCGCGUCUUUUUCCACGACUGUAUGGUCGGAGGAUGCGAUGCAUCCCUCCUGAUAUCUUCCAACAGCUUCAACAAGGCGGAACGCGAUGCGGACAUCAACGAAUCCCUCCCGGGGGACGCAUUCGAAGUAAUCGUCCGGGCGAAAACUGCCCUGGAACUGAAAUGUCCUGGAAUCGUUUCGUGCUCCGACAUCUUAGCCGAGGCGACAAGGGACCUAAUCACCAUGGUUGGAGGGCCGUUUUACAAAGUGGGAUUAGGCCGAAAAGACAGUUUAACAUCGAAAGCCGUAGAAGUUGAAGGACACAUUGCCAGAUCAAACAUGUCAAUAACAGAGAUUAUCGACAUUUUUGCCAAAAAAGGAUUCAAUAUCAGGGAAAUGGUGGCAUUAACAGGGGCGCAUACAAUUGGGUUUUCACAUUGCUCUGAAUUCAGCUACAGGCUCUUCAAUUUCAGCAAGGAUUCCAAAACGGAUCCGUCUAUGAAUCCUCUGUAUGCUGCCGGGUUGAAGACUUUGUGUGCCAACUAUUUGAUGGACAAAGCAAUUGCGGCGUUUAAUGAUGCGAUUACGCCAGGGAAAUUCGAUAACAUGUAUUAUCUCAACUUGCAGAAAGGUAUCGGGUUGUUGGCUACGGAUCAGGCCAUGGCAAGUGAUCCGAGGACAAAGCCGUUUGUUGAUCUUUAUGCCAAGAACCAAACGGCGUUUUUUGAAGAUUUUAGUCGGGCAAUGGAGAAAACAGGUGUUUAUGGUGUAAAGACUGGAAAUCAAGGAGAGGUCAGGCGUCGUUGUGAUUCCACUAACAAAUCCUAAGGGCAGUAGGAAACGGAUUUGUAGAAUUUAAGGUUGUAUUUCUUUAAGCCAAUUUGUCCAUUCAGAUUUGAGAGUUCACCUCUUUUGUUCCAAGGAAGAGGGAACUUUGAAAUGUAAGUACUGAUUAUAGUAUGAGGUUUUGAAGAAUGAAGCCACAUGAUGUGUAUGUUUUGAUCAAUUUUUGUUGAUACCAUAUGUUUGCUUUUGUGCAUGGAAUUUCCAUCCAGGUUUAGGUUUAUGAUUUUAAGAUGGAAGUGUAUAACUCUUGAUAUUACAGAAGGAC